GUUCAGGUGUACCAUUCUUUUUUGUGCUAUCGGUAUAUUGGAUGGAGGUAGCUGGCAUUUGUGAAUCAUCAUUAUCCAAAAUGAAAAAUUGAUCAUCUUCUCCCCGCGGUACAUAUACUCCAAGUCUGAACUUCCUCACUUAAGAACAGUCAAGAUAUCGAUCAUCAUUUCUCUCUAUUCUGCCGUUGUAAUAAUCCAAUAAAAUGCACAAGUUAUUCUCUGUCAAGUCCUUCGCCUCUUCGUUAAUUAAAAAUCGGACCCGGCAUCAGCUAUCAGCUCCUUUCUCUACUUCUCUGCUCUUCGAUGAUACUCAGAUACAGUUCAAGGAAAGUGUUGCUCAGUUUGCUCAAGAACAUGUAGCUCCUCACGCGGAAAAAAUCGAUAAGACUAAUUAUUUUCCGCAGGAUGUAAAUUUAUGGAAAUUGAUGGGUGAUUUCAACCUUCAUGGAAUUACGGCUCCAGAGGAAUAUGGAGGACUUGGCCUUGGAUAUUUAUAUCAUUGUAUAGCUAUGGAAGAAAUUAGUCGUGCCUCUGGAUCGGUUGGCCUUUCAUAUGGUGCACAUUCUAAUCUGUGCAUUAAUCAGUUGGUGAGGAAUGCAAAUCCUGAUCAAAAGCAAAAGUAUCUCCCAAAGCUGAUAAGUGGUGAGCAUGUUGGGGCUCUUGCUAUGAGUGAACCCAAUGCUGGAUCAGAUGUUGUUAGCAUGAAAUGCAGAGCUGAUCGUGUUGAUGGGGGUUAUGUUCUGAAUGGGAAUAAGAUGUGGUGUACCAAUGGUCCUGUGGCACAAACACUGGUUGUUUACGCUAAAACAGAUAUUGCUGCUCGCUCAAAAGGAAUCACUGCGUUUAUCAUUGAGAAGGGAAUGGCAGGUUUCAGUACUGCCCAGAAACUAGACAAGCUUGGGAUGAGAGGAAGUGAUACAUGUGAACUUGUGUUUGAAAAUUGCUUCGUUCCUGAAGAGAAUGUGCUGGGGCAGGAAGGGAAAGGAGUUUAUGUUAUGAUGUCGGGCCUAGAUUUGGAAAGACUUGUGCUAGCAGCUGGGCCUAUUGGGAUCAUGCAGGCUUGUCUUGAUGUGGCACUUCCAUAUGUCCGCCAGAGGGAGCAAUUUGGCAAGCCUAUCGGUGAACAUCAAUUUAUACAGGGGAAAGUUGCUGACAUGUAUACUGCCCUACAGUCCUCAAGGUCAUAUGUCUACUCUGUUGCUAGGGAUUGUGACAAUGGGAAGGUUGAUCCAAAGGAUUGCGCAGGUGUGAUUCUAUGUGCAGCUGAAAGAGCUACUCAAGUCGCUCUUCAGGCAAUACAGUGUCUUGGGGGUAAUGGGUAUGUGAAUGAGUAUCCAACCGGGCGUCUCCUUCGGGAUGCAAAACUGUAUGAAAUAGGGGCUGGCACCAGUGAGAUCAGAAGAAUGAUUAUUGGGCGGGAGCUGUUUAACAAAGAGUAGCUAAUUAAUUAAACAUUUGCCUGGUUGGUUGUGCACAAACAAGUGAAGCAACUACCAAAGAUUAUAUAUUGUUACUAAAAAGUAGAACAAUUUAAGAAUAACAAUUAUGUCAUGAGCUUGCUUGUGAUAUGAUAGUUAUUACAGUGUAUUUUUUCACAUGGGCAAAGUGAGAUGAUAUUUAACCAAAACAGGUGGAUGGAUAAUCAAAUGAGCUUAUUUUACUCUUACUUGUUGUUUUUCUUGAAAUAAAG